AUGAAACGCUUCACGCUCUUGGCUUAUGGCACGAGCAGUCACGCAGUGAUAGAGACAAGACAACGUCCACAAGUGACAAUAUGGGUCAAACGUAUGACCUAG